AUUUCAGCUAAAACUGCACAGUUGUAUCACACCAUUGUAAUACCCUGUAUCCGAAUACUAUACACGUCCGAAAUAUGUACACUUAAGAAUGCCUUACCUGUUUAACUUUAAUAAUCCAAAUUUUCCUUGUUGUUAUCUGGUUUAACAACCAUUAUCAAAUGUUUGUUAAAUCCAGUUAAUGCUUUCUCCAUUAUUGAAUAUCCAUUACUUGUAAUUUGAAUCGCCAGCAUUGAAUCGAACGCGGGUUAAAUGUUCCAAAAUGUCCGCCAUUUGCAAUGUCGAAGGUUAUGACAUAGCAAGUUAAUUCUACGCGAAUAAGUUAUAUCUUAUCGAAGAAAUGUGUUUUCCCAAUGUUUAUGUGUAGUAUUAUGACCUGUUAACUGUUUUAUUGUUACAAUGUUACUUAUACAGUUAGUAGUCCUGUCAGAUAUUAAUGCUGGUGGGGAACUAUUUCAAGUAUUUUCGCGCAAUGCUUUCGCAUUGCUUUCACUAUGUGUUAGAUGAAAUAUUAUUAUUAUGAUUGAGAAAUGUAAUGAAAGCAUUGUAUAGUUAUGCAUAAUAUUUUCUGAGCUUUUUAUUGAUGUAAUGCUUUCUUGUUAGACUUGCAAUGCUGUUAAUGCAAAUGUUGUUAAUGUUGCUUAAACCGUUUUACAUAGUUAAAUACUUUCAUGAAAGUCUGGCUCUGAUUGGUCGCCAGCAACGCCCAGCCUCAGCAACUGCUUAUAAAUAGAGCUGUGGUUGAUGAUGAAGUCAGUCGUAACUCACUAGUCAGUAGUGACUUGACCCAGAAUAGUCGCUCAUUACUUAACAACCCAUUUAAGAUGUCAAAAGCCAACAAAGGCAAGACCAUCCACAAAUGUAGUUACUGCUACGAAAUAUUUACUUGUCACCGGGAUGUGGUGCACCACACCAUCAAAGCCCACCAGUCCUGCGAAUUGCUGUGUCCAUGGUGCAUUAAGGCUGAGCAUCUCUUCCGUUAUCCCGCGGAUCUCAGCAGGCAUACCCAACAUCAGCAUCUUGAAGUCUACCACUCCUUGCCCCCACGAACCCUGACAGCAGCCAACUGUUUCUACUUCUCCAAGGUGCCAGCACAGUACAUGGAACUUUUUGUUGCUGUGUCUGUAUUCACGUCCCUAGAAGCCCAGUUCGCCAUGAAGAGUGUUGCCCAGUGGUGCACUGGUCGCACCCCUGGGGCCUCACAUUGGAUGACAGGUUGGCAGCUUGCCAAGUCCACCUCCACCAAUCCCCAGAUUUCAUCAUCAUCAGUGAUCGCCUCUUCAUCUCAGAAAACCACUGACCACUCCAAGACUCCUUCGUCCACCACUUUACCACUGUCCUUCCCCCUCAUCUUGAAAUCUAUCGACAUUUCGAAUGGGGCCGUCAAGAUUUUCGUUUCAUCGGAAACCCACCUCUAUCAGGUCAGGCUGCUUCAGCAGGCUCGUAGUAGACCCGAGGUGAUAGGGAGAAUUGUGACCCUCUCCGCUACAACCGUAGAAAUGUUUAUCGCCCCACCUGCUGCAAAGUUUGAAUUGUGUCCUGAUGACGAAGCACGGAAACACAUCUCCAAACUGCUUGCCAUCAACGCAAAUGAUCUAACCACAGUCCGUCAGAUGCCCUACACAUUGAAGAGGUCCCUCCCAAUCCAUACAACCCACAUAGCCAAGAAGAUUUGUGCCAGUCCACUGCCGCCUUCUCACCCACCUACACAUCCAUCGAAGACCCCAUCCAUCACCCCUAUUCCGCAACCUGUCUCACCUGUUUCAGAUCGUAGUCAAUCAUCAACAUCAUCCUUGCAUGAUCUGAAAACACCAUCACCUUGUUCUCUAGGAUCUCCUUCACCAAUCGACCUUGAGAAUACUACCCCUUCAACAAAUGUCCAUGCAGCCUCCAGCACUCACACAACUACAACAGACUCCAGUACAACUGCUGCUGCGACCAUUCCCCAAGUAUCUCCGUUGUUUUACAGACCACCUCCAGACUGCAGUACUCCCUUACUCUACGUCCCAUCAUCAUGUGCAACGCCAAGUUAUCAUCCUACAACGAUGACAUCCUUCAGGCCCGUACAAGCAAGAGUCCGCUUCGCACCACCAACUGUUCCUUCCUCUCCUUCAGCCCCCAUCUACAUCCCCACUCCUAAAAAUAACGACCUGCAACAAAUGGCUCGAAGCCUCUUGUCUACUGGAAAUAUGCCAGUCCUCCCUCCAGCACCCAGAGAAUGGAGUCUGGUCCCUGAUGAAAGCAUUCAUCUGACCCCCUGUCUAUCGUGGCCACCAAAGAAUUGGACAUCAUUUUCACCAGAAGAAAAGGGUGUCCUCACUGAGUAUGCUGCUGGUGCGCUGGAAAUGGCAAGCGGAAUUCACCCGAUCCAGCGCCAAGUCCUUUUGUAUAAAUACAGCUAUCUUUCACUGACUGGAGCCAUGAUUCCUCCAAACAAGGACACACAAAUGAUUUUCUUCAACUUCAAAACAGUUCGGGACAUUGCUCUUGGGAUAAGUACCUUCCCAAAGGAAUUCCAGAAGCAGUUUCUUGAAUGUCUUCAACCUUUAAGUCCUGUGGACAUGGUGAAGUUUGCUGCCGUCCCAUUGAGGCUAACGUCUGAAUAAAACCAUUAUGUUACCUUGCUGCCCUGAUUCCGAUGUCCUGUUACCUUGCUGCCCUGAUUCCGAUGUCCUGCUACCUUGCUGCCCUGAUUCCGAUGUCCUGUUACCUUGCUGCCCUGAUUUUGAUGUCCUGUUGCCUUGCUGCCCUGAUUCCGAUGUCCUGCUACCUUGCUGCCCUGAUUCCGAUGUCCUGUUACCUUGCUGCCCUGAUUUUGAUGUCCUGUUGCCUUGCUGCCCUGAUUCCGAUGUCCUGUUACCUUGCUGCCCUGAUUCCGAUGUCCUGUUACCUUGCUGCCCUGAUUUUGAUGUCCUGCUACCUUGCUGCCCUGAUUCCGAUGUCCUGUUGCCUUGCUGCCCUGACAGUUAACCGACGCCCUGCCAAAGACCCUGAUGCCCUGUUGCUGUCCUGAUGCUCUGUUCCUGCCUUCUGACGUUUCGUUCCAAUCCUGCCUGUGAUCUCUGAUGCCAUGUGCCAGUUUGCUGAUGUCUCGCGAACUGACAUUUCAAAAUUGAUUAAUUAUUUGCAUAGACAUUAUUGUGUGUGAGUUUAAAGUAUGAGCUCAUACUAUAUUGUAAUUAUGGUAAUUGAUUAAAUGUUUAUGUGUAAUUAAGUGUUUUAAAAUAAUAUUUUGAGAUAUUCUGUUUUCAAUAAAUAACUUUUAUUGACUUUUUUUUUUUGUUAAAGAACGUAACCUUUAAUUGGGUAAAACAAAUACAUUUACGUGAUACUAGUUCUUGCAUAAUUGUUCUUGAGUCUGCAAACUAGGGUGAGCUUCAUAAACUGUGUCUGAAAUCAAAGCACUGAGAAGACUUGAUUGUACCUGAAACAGAAAUGUAGUGUUAUUUAUGCAUUGUUAUUAAUGUGUUAAUUGUUCAGUAAUUGUUAUUCUUUCAUUUCAAAUUUGUAUAUAUCUGUAAGUUUAAAUUUUUACUUCAAACUUCAGGAGAAGUUUAUGUCUUUAAGGUGGGGGAAGUGUAAUACCCUGUAUCCGAAUACUAUACACGUCCGAAAUAUGUACACUUAAGAAUGCCUUACCUGUUUAACUUUAAUAAUCCAAAUUUUCCUUGUUGUUAUCUGGUUUAACAACCAUUAUCAAAUGUUUGUUAAAUCCAGUUAAUGCUUUCUCCAUUAUUGAAUAUCCAUUACUUGUAAUUUGAAUCGCCAGCAUUGAAUCGAACGCGGGUUAAAUGUUCCAAAAUGUCCGCCAUUUGCAAUGUCGAAGGUUAUGACAUAGCAAGUUAAUUCUACGCGAAUAAGUUAUAUCUUAUCGAAGAAAUGUGUUUUCCCAAUGUUUAUGUGUAGUAUUAUGACCUGUUAACUGUUUUAUUGUUACAAUGUUACUUAUACAGUUAGUAGUCCUGUCAGAUAUUAAUGCUGGUGGGGAACUAUUUCAAGUAUUUUCGCGCAAUGCUUUCGCAUUGCUUUCACUAUGUGUUAGAUGAAAUAUUAUUAUUAUGAUUGAGAAAUGUAAUGAAAGCAUUGUAUAGUUAUGCAUAAUAUUUUCUGAGCUUUUUAUUGAUGUAAUGCUUUCUUGUUAGACUUGCAAUGCUGUUAAUGCAAAUGUUGUUAAUGUUGCUUAAACCGUUUUACAUAGUUAAAUACUUUCAUGAAAGUCUGGCUCUGAUUGGUCGCCAGCAACGCCCAGCCUCAGCAACUGCUUAUAAAUAGAGCUGUUGUUGAUGAUGAAGUCAGUCGUAACUCACUAGUCAGUAGUGACUUGACCCAGAAUAGUCGCUCAUUACUUAACAACCCAUUUAAGAUGUCAAAAGCCAACAAAGGUAAACACUAACAUAUACGACUCACUUACCUACGUUUAAUCUACAUCUGUACGUCAUAGUUCUGACUAGUUCUAACUGACAUUUUGCAUCUGCAUUAAAUACUAUUUAGAAUAACUAUAAAGAGUGACGACUGAUUUCAUCGCUUUAUUUAAUCUGAACUGCUGUUCAAAUAGUUAAUAUCAUACUUGUUGUUUAAUUAACCACUCAUAGUACUGUUUAUAUGGCAAACGUUAAGCUUCUGCCCUAAUAAAUAAAUAGUUACAGAAACCA